AAAAAAAAAAAUGCCUUUCAUCAAUUUGGAUAAGUAAGUUUUCUCGACAAAAAGGAGAAGAUAAAAGAGAGUGGAUGAGAAACAUCGACCAGCAAGCUGGGAAGUCAUGAAUAAAAUUCUCAUUGGUGCUGAACCGCUGCCUCUCCACUGUCGAAGAACAGCAUUAUGGAAUCAAAGAAACCCAAUCCUCCACAGCAAAACUGUGAACCACGCAACUUUUCAGCUAAAAAGUUGGAGGCUACAUGCAGAAGCAAAGGGCUUCAACAGGGCACCAGCUAAUAUGCUGCAGCAAAAAGAUAGAGAGAAUGCUGCAGCAAAAAGCCAUAGAGGAAAAAAUGGCAAGGAUGAUGAUGAUGAUGACAAGAUACCGGAGGUUGUGUGGGAGAGGAUAAUGUUCAGAAUCUUGUUUUAUGUUGGUGUUCCUUUGGUCACCGGGGUUGCCUUGCUGCAAGUUUUCAGCAUAAUGAAGGAGCAGAACUUGUGGGAUGUGCCGAUUUGGUUACCUUUCUUGACGACAUUCUUCACCUUUGGCUCUUCGGCACUGGGGAUAGCUUACGGGACUCUGUCCACGAGUUGGGAUGCACAGAGAGAGGGCUCGUUUCUUGGUUUCGAAGAAGCUCAGAAGAAUUGGGUGGAAAUAUGGAAAGAAGAAGAAGAAGAGGAGUGAUCGGCAUGAAAGGAUUGCACAUCACUGUUAUCGCUAUAAAUCAAUCCAGUAUUACUGAUUGGUGUAUUCUUCGUCAAUGAAUGUUAUAAGAACAUAAAAUCGUUUCAUGUGAGUAAA